CGUUUUGCAGUAGGCUGCACAGCAUUACCUUACUUUAGAAACUUGAAAUCAAAGACAUGGAUCUCCGUGAGCAAAAUGAAACAUCUGUAAACCCGGAGUGCAUCGGAGUGCUGGGUGAUGCGCUUCAGAACGGAGCCGGUGACGGGAGCCUGGAGACCAACAUCUCCUGCGGAAACGCGUCCACCAUGCACACGCCACCGCGCGCAAGAGAAGAGGACCACACGCUGCGGAUCCUGCUCUACUCUCUCUUCUUCUUCCUGAGUGUGUUUGGCAACCUGCUGAUCAUUGUGGUGCUCACAGUCAAUAAGCGCAUGCGCACCGUGACCAACACCUUUCUGCUGUCGCUGGCUGUCAGCGACCUGAUGAUGGCCAUCUUCUGCAUGCCCUUCACCCUCAUACCCAGCAUCCUCAAAGACUUCAUCUUUGGAGCAGCCAUGUGCAAGAUAGUGUCCUACCUCAUGGGAAUAUCCGUGAGCAUCUCCACCUUUAACCUGGUUGCCAUAGCAAUUGAGCGCUACAGUGCCAUCUGUAACCCUCUAAAGUCGCGGGUGUGGCAGACCCGUUCCCAUGCCUACCGUGUGAUUGCUGCAACAUGGGUACUGGCCUUCAUUAUCAUGAUUCCCUAUCCAAUUGUCAGUCACCUGGAGUCCUUACAGCGUCCUGACAAAACUACAGCGCACCAGUGUCGCCACAAGUGGCCCCUCGCAACUGCAGAGCAGGCCUGGUACGUGCUGCUUCUGCUCGUACUGUUUGCGAUUCCAGGAGUGGUGAUGAUAAUUGCCUAUGGAUUGAUUUCCAGGGAACUUUAUCGAGGCAUCCAGUUUGAGAUGGGUAACAAAAAAGACUCUACUGAUGCAAAGAACGGGCUGACCUCCACUGUGUCUAACGGUAGUGAUGAUGGCGAUGGCUGUUACGUGAAUACAGUCAAGCAGCCGCACUCGAUGGAGAUGUCCACCAUGAAUGCCUCCACCAGGCAUACCAAGGCAGAAAGACCCCGCAGCAACACAUCAGAGGCCAAGCUGGAAGCCAAGAAACGAGUUAUACGCAUGCUGGUGGUCAUCGUUGUCCUGUUCUUCCUCUGCUGGAUGCCUCUGUACUGUGCCAAUACCUGGCGGGCUUUCGAUGACCUCUCUGCCAAACGUGCCCUUUCAGGGGCUCCUAUCGCUUUUAUCCAUUUACUGAGCUAUACAUCAGCCUGUGUCAACCCUAUUAUUUACUGCUUCAUGAACACACGCUUCCGGAAGGCGCUGCUCUCCACUUUUCUGUGCUGCUCUGCACCUUGCCGCCGCCACCGCCGCCGCGGGCUACGUGACAACGAUGAGGAUGUUAUGGCAACAGGGGCAUCCAUGUCUAAGUUCAGUUACACUACAGUCAGCACCAUGGGAGGCUGCUGAGAGAGAUGGAUGCAGGCGCAAUCCAGAAAAGACAGUUACUACGGUAACCCAGCACUUCGCACCCUUUGUUUUCAGGCCAAUGCUGUGAUCACAGUAAAAAAUGUGAGUGAGUGGAGAAACAGUUCAUAGAAUGUAGCAGUUUGUAAGCUUUGCAUUUGACUGUGAGCAAAGGUACAUAGAUAUUAUUUGAUUAAACCGAGUUUUACAAUGUAAAUACCUCCGCAGCUAUAUUUAAAAAGCACAAAAACAGAAUAUACACUUAUUUCGUGUCACUGUGGAUUAAGGCAAAUUGUGUGUUUAGAUGUUUACCACAGCGAGUAUGCUUUGCUAUUUGGUUGGUGAGUUGAAGAGGGCAUAAUUAGGUAGCGUGCUAUGUCAUUACUUAACUUAGUAAUAGAAAAAAAAGUAGAGCAUUUUUUGUCUGCUGUCAGUUGCUGAAUAGUGUGUUAAUGAUGGUAACUCUGUUGCCUUGUGGAAUAAGUGCCUGAUUACAAGUUCUGUUUUACAUUCGUCUCAUACUGAGUUGCUCAAUGUAAUAUUAGCAUAAUAAACACUUUUC